UGACAGGCAGCGGCUGGGGGCUCUGCCCCACACAGAGGCCAGGUCUCUGUAGCCUCUUCCCCCUGUUCCGACCGGCUGAAGCCUCCAGGUCUACCAGAGCAGGUGUGGCCUCCCAGGGUGACAGGCUCUGAGUGGGGGCCACAUACGAUGGUGCUGAUGGAGGCAGACACGCGGAGGACUAGGGAAUGAGCACGCAGCGGGCGUGGGCCGUGGGACAGCAUUUCUGGACUCCAGCCACCUUUGGAUCUGAGGAGAAAAUGAGCUCAGAGAUGGACCCCUUCGCGGACACACUGCGGCGGCUGCGGGAGACCUUCAGCACCGGGCGGACGAGGCCAGCUGAGUUUCGGACUGCCCAGCUCCGGGGCCUGGACCGCUUCCUGCAGGACAACAGGCAGCUUCUGCAGGAGGCGCUGGCGCAGGACCUGGGCAAGCCAGCCUUCGAGUCUGAGGUGUCUGAGGUUGGCAUCUGCCACAGUGAGAUAAACUUGGCGCUCAGGAACCUUCAGGCCUGGAUGAAAGAUGAGAAAGUGGCCAAGAACCUGGCCACGCAGCUGGACUCAGCCUUCAUCCGGAAGGAGCCCUUCGGCCUGGUGCUCAUCAUUGCCCCCUGGAACUACCCCGUGAACCUAACCCUGGUGCCCCUGGUGGGCGCCCUCGCUGCAGGGAACUGUGUGGUGCUGAAGCCUUCUGAGAUCAGCAAGAGCACUGAGAGGGUCCUGGCUGAGGUGCUGCCUCGGUACCUGGACCAGAGCUGCUUUGCCGUGAUGCUGGGUGGGCCCCAGGAGACCGGGCAGCUGCUGGAGCACAAGUUUGACUACAUCUUCUUCACAGGGAGUUCUCAAGUGGGCAGGAUUGUCAUGGCUGCGGCUGCCAAGCACCUGACGCCCGUCACGCUAGAGCUGGGGGGCAAGAACCCCUGCUACGUGGAUGACAACUGCAACCCCCAGACCGUGGCCAACCGCGUGGCCUGGUCCCGGUACUUCAACACUGGCCAGACCUGCGUGGCCCCCGACUAUGUCCUGUGCAGCCCCGAAACGCAGGAGCGGCUGCUGCCUGCCCUGCAGAACGCCAUCACCAUGUUCUAUGGCGAAGAACCCCGGGUGUCCCCGAACCUGGGCCGCAUCAUCAGCCAGAAGCAUUUCCAGCGGCUCCAGGGCCUGCUGGGCUCUGGCCGUGUGGCCAUCGGCGGCCAGACUGACGAGAGUGACUGCUACAUCGCCCCCACAGUGCUGGUGGAUGUGCGGGAGACAGACCCGGUGAUGCAGGAGGAGAUCUUCGGGCCCAUCCUGCCCAUCAUGAACGUGAGGAGCCUGGACGAGGCCAUGAGCUUCAUCAACCAUCGGGAGAAGCCCCUGGCCCUGUACGCCUUCUCCAACAGCAAGCAGGUGGUCAAGCAAGUGCUGGCCUGUACCAGCAGCGGGGGCUUCUGUGGGAACGAUGGCUUCAUGCACAUGACCCUCACCAGCCUGCCUUUCGGAGGAGUGGGUGCCAGCGGGAUGGGUAGCUACCACGGCAAGUUCUCCUUCGAUACCUUCUCCCACCACCGUGCCUGUGUGCUGCGCCAGCCCGGGAUGGAAAAGAUCUAUGCUAUCCGCUACCCACCCUACUCACCUCGCAAACUAAGGAUGCUGCUGGUGGCCAUGAGGACCCGCAGCUGUUGCUGCACCCUGCUCUGAGCCCUCCUUGGGCACCGGGACACUGAGUGACCCCCCUGGCUCACACCUCAGUCAUCCGCCACCGCCAUCCGCAACCGGUGCACAUGCGGCCUGGGGUCCACGACACGACGGGUCAAAGACCCGCCAAGGCUACAGCCCAGCCAGCCCUGGCCCUCCUCCCUCCCGGGGCUUCUCUUUCUGGGCCCUCAGCCUCCUCCCUCAGCUGCCCCCCAAAUGGGAUGGGCCAAGAGGAGGGCACACGGCAAACUGCGCAGUAGCCUGCCCUCACCCCCAUGCUAAGCCGCCGGUGUCCUGGGGGAGGAGGGCAGAUGUGCGCACCUCCGAGCCACCCCCGCCUUGUGGAGGGUGCAGAAGGAGCCGUGGCAUCCGGCCCAGGUCACACAGUGGACCUGCUGUGCCCGGGCCAUCCCUGCCCUUUCUGAGCCUGUUUCCCUACCUGCACAGCAGACAUAAUUAAUGAUCGGGGCCUCCUUAGAUCAUUGUUAGGAUUAAAUCUGGGAGCUCAAUACAUAUGAUUUGUUGA